AUGGUCAAGAAGUCGAACGGCCAGUGGAGAAUGUGUGUGGACUUCACCGACCUCAACAAAGCAUGCCUUAAGGAUUCAUAUCCCCUUCCGAGCAUUGAUCGGUUGGUAGAUGGGGCUUCAGGACAUACUAUACUCAGUUUUCUUGAUGCAGACUCGGGGUACAACCAAAUUCCCAUGGGCAUCGAAGCCAACCCAGACAAAUGUAGAGCCGUGUUAGAAAUGCAAAGCCCAAAAACCCUAAAAGAGAUACAACGUCUGGUUGGCCGAAUGACAGCGUUAUCACGCUUCAUUCUGACGUUGGCCGAACACAUCAGGCCUAUCCUAAAGAACAUGAAGAAGGGCAUCACCCAACACUGGGACGAUGAGUGUGAACAAGCCUUCGGUGCUGUUAAACACAUUCUCACCAUCCCUCCAAUCAGGGCGCGACCGAUAGCAGGAUCCGACUUACAGUUGUACAUUGCAGCAUCUCAUCAUGAUAGCCAAAAUGGCUCCUUAAUGUGGACGGAUCCUCGAACAAAAGAGGGGGGAGCUCGUAUUGUUCUAGAAGGACCAAACGGUCUAGUUGUAGAACAAGCCAUCACAUUCCGGUUUCAAACCAGCAACAACCAAGCAGAGUAUGAAGCUUUGAUUGCUAGUCUAACCCUAGCUAAAGAAUCGAGGGUCGCUCAGUUAGAGUGCAGGAUUGAUUCCCAGUUGGUGGUCGGGAAUAUGAACGGAACCUACCAGGUUAAAGACAACUACUACGCUACUUUCACAAAGCGAGCACCCUCCUCAAGGAUUUUGUCGAUGUCAGCAUCAUUCAUGCGUGGCAACAAUACACCCUUGUUAAAGUGUAUAUCGGUGGACGAGGUAGAUUACGUCCUACGUGAGCUCCACACCGGGAUCUGCGGCUUUCAUUCGGGAAAGCAUACGCUUAGAGCGCGCGUACUACGCGCAGGAUAUUACGGGCCAACGAUCGACCAAGAUUGCGAGACAUUUGUCAAGAAAUGUCUCUCAUGCCAGGCACAUGGUCAUGACUUUCGCGUCCCUCUUGAAGAAUUGCAUGGCAUCAUCUCCCCAUGGCCAUUCGCCCAAUGGGGAAUCGACAUAGUCGGACCGUUGCCAAUCGCAAAAGCUCAAAACAUAUUCCUCCUGUUCGGUCUGCCACAAAAGAUCGUCACAGACAAUGGCAAGCAGUUCAUUGAGAAAAAGUUAGAGGAUUUCCUCAUAAGCCUGGGGAUUAAACAUGUGACCAGCUCGGUAGAGCAUCCACAAACUAAUGGACAAGCAGAGGCAGCAAACAAAGCUCUGCUCACAGAAUUGAAAAAACGACUUGGCGAGGCUAAAGGUUUAUGGGUGGAGAACUACCCGAAGUCCUAUGGGCAUACAGAUGCACCCCACACGGAUCCAUCGGGAACACUCCAUUCAAUUUGA